AUGCCAUAGAGCAAUUCAAUUUUAUUCUCAGUCGACAUAUAUUUUAAGAGUACUUUUAUAUAAUAUUUUAGAAUUGUAAUUAAAAUAUAAUUAUAUAUAAAGAGGAUAAAAUAUAAGUUAUACUAUGUUUAAACUGAUUAAAAAAACAGUUUUUUAUAUCAUCAUGAAAAGGAUCUUUGUAAGAAAACUUAAUGAAGCAGUUAUUUUUCAAGAAGAGAAAAGGUAAAUUUUUUAAACAUUUUUAGUGAUAAUUUUUUAUAUAUCUAAGAAAGAAUUAAAAAAUGUUAAUUAUUUCUCCAUUAGAAAAAAAACAAACACAGAAGAUGA